UACCAAUCAGGUGUUCAACGAAAUUAUUCUUCAGGCGUCAUUGAUCACGUGGUGCUGAUAAAGGGACACUGCUUUGAAUUAUACCGCUUAGCGACUUCAGUACAUGCCUCAUAGCUCCAGUCUCAAACUUAACCACGUUCCUGCUGGAUGGAGAAAGACGCUCUCGUGAAAGAGGAGGAGGCUGUUACAAUACAAAAACAAGUAGAGGUUGAGGCUGUUACCGUGAAAGAAUAAGAGAAAGUCGUCUCAGUUAAAGAAGAGGAAGACUCGUUCAGAAUGAAAGAGGGCGACGACGUUUCAGUGAAAGAAGUGGAGGGGGAGGUGACUGUCUCAUCGAACAAUGAAGAAGAGGAGGAAACUGGAUAUCCGGGCUCGGUUUCCCAAACGCAUCUUAAGGCGUCCGAUGGUUCUAACGAUGAACCGGCCCUGAUUAACACUAUAGAGAGACCUGACUACCAUGGAUCCUCUGGGGGGCCUCAACAACCUCAUGAUGCUGACAGGGCAGAGAAGAGUCUCUCCACAUCAAAACACCUCAAGAAACACCAGCAGAGACCCACAGGGAAGAAAUCUCAUUGCUGCUCUGACUGUGGGAAAGGUUGCAAAUCUUCAUCAGAACUUAAAAUACACCAGAGAACACACACAGGAGAGAAACCUUAUAGCUGUGGUCAAUGUGGGAGGAGUUUUGUUCAAGCUUGCCAUCUGACAGUACACCAGAGAACACACACAGGAGAAAAACCUUAUAGCUGUGGUCAAUGUGGGAAUAGUUUUACUACAUCUAGAAGUCUGACAUUACACCAGAGAACACACACAGGAGAGAAACCUUAUAUGUGUGAUCAAUGUGGGAGGAGUUUUACUACAUCUAGCGGUCUGACAUUACACCAGAGAAAACACACAGGAGAGAAACCUUAUAUGUGUGAUCAAUGUGGGAGGAGUUUUGUUAAAUCUAGCCAUCUGACUCAACACCAGAGAACACACACAGGAGAGAAAUCUUAUAUCUGUGAUCAGUGUGGGAGGAGUUUUGUUCAAGCUAGCCAUCUGACUCAACACCAGAGAACACACACAGGAGAGAAGCCUUAUAGCUGUGAUCAAUGUGAGAAGAGUUUUCCUACAUCUAGCCAUCUGACUCGACACCAGAGAACACACACAGGAGAGAAGCCUUAUAGCUGUGAUCAAUGUGAGAAGAGUUUUCCUACAUCUAGCCAGCUGACUUCACACCAGAGAACACACACAGGAGAGAAACCUUUUAGCUGUGAUCAAUGUGACAAGACAUACUCUGAUAAAAGAUCUCUGAUCAAACAUCAGAAAAUACAUACAUGAAGAAGUUGUUUCAUGAUAUCACUGAAAUAAUGUCACAAUGUUUUAACAUUGUAGUAGGAGUGUUUUAAUGAUGUCACAAUGUAGAAUGUUUUAACAUUGUAGUAGGAGUGUUUUAAUGAUGUCACAAUGUAGAAUGUUUUAACAUUGUAGUAGGAGUAUUUUAAUGAUGUCACAAUGUAGAAUGUUUUAACAUUGUAGUAGGAGUGUUUUUAAUGAUGUUCUACCUUAUCGUUUACCCUGUUCAAUUGAUUGCAGCAUGAUAUGGAUAUUAACCUCAGGGGGAAAUCCAGGCUCUGAAUUGAAAGAGUAUUAUUAA